AGCGAAAUUUCAUCCUUUUCAACAUCUCACCUUUCUGGUGAUCCAACAUUCAAGAAGCUGAUAAAACAAACAAAAGCAGACGACAUAAAGCCCAUGCAAAGUUUACUCCAAAAGAGACAUACGAGCAAUGCUUAUUUCUUUUCUUUGAAACAAAAGAAGCUGAUCAAUGGCUGUUUACUACCAUAUCUACUUGCACCAUCUCCAUUUAUUGGUUUAAAUAGAAAGCAAAUAUACAAAGAGUUCUAUGAAGUGAAAUUCAAACCGGCAGAACUGUCUGUUCUAAUGAGCCAACCAAAAUAUAAAUUUGGCGAUCACAAUAGUAAAUGGGAGCAUCCUCCUGUUAACAGGUGUCGUGAAACCACACAAAAGUCCGUGACAAAACGACCAAUGACACUGGACACCAAAAACUCCAAGGCUUCUGACUUUAAACGAAUAUUCAGCCUCGCCUUGCGUUACAAUAAAGUUCCAUGCACAAGAACACUGUCUAUAUUUGGUUUAUAUUUUACUCCUAUACUCUAUUUUGGAAGAGAAGGUGUAAUGCCAUGGGUACCUCUGACAGCUACGACCACAGAUAUGGACAUGAUAACAAUAUCAUCGUAUUUGAACACAAAACAUCCUGACGUAAAAGAUUUGGACAGUUAUAAAUUAAAGCCAGUCAAACACGUUGAUUUAUUCGAAAACGACUGCUUUGGUAAUGUGGCGAUCACAUCAUCGCAUUUGAACACCAAGUAUCCUGCCGUAAAAGAUUUGGACAGUCACAAAUUGAAGCCAGCAAAACAUGAUGAUACACCCGGAAAAGUCUUCUUUGAUAAUGUUGAGACAAUGGAGAAGAACGACAGUAAACAAGUUGAGGUUCAAACUGAAGAACUUGAAGUAAUCAUUGAUGACGAUGACGAUGAUUCGCCAUUUGGAAUACUGUCUGUCUAUUGCAGAAGUGGUAUUCAUUCAAGAUAAUUCUACAGAUAAAGGACAAUAGAUGAACAGAGAUAAAAGAAUUUUGGAAUUU